AUGUAUCCGGCUGGCCAGGCUUUGUGGGCUAACUGGGCCCCGCCCAAUGAGAGGAGUCGGCUGAUUGGCUUCUCAUAUGCUGGAGGACAGUUUGGUAAUGCCAUAAUCUUUCCUAUUGGAGGUCUGCUGUGUGCGUAUGGCUUUGAUGGUGGUUGGCCAUCAGUGUUCUACUUUGUUGGUGGCACUGGGUUUAUCUGGUGUGUGUGCUGGGUGAUCCUUGCUCAUGAUACACCCGAUGAUGAUAAGAGUAUCAGUGAUCUGGAGAAAAAGUAUAUCAAGUAUUCUCUGGGAGAGCAGACAAAAACAAAGAAGCGCAAGAACGUCCCCUGGAAGUCCAUUCUGACCUCACCUGCAGUCUGGGCGAUCGUGGUGGCCCACACGUGUGGCAAUUACGGAGCCUACAUGUUGCUGACUAAACUGCCGGCCUACAUGAAGGAAGUUCUCAAGUUUGACAUCAAGGCUAAUGGGGCAGUCUCCAUGGUACCAUACUUAACCUUCUGGUUUGUCAUCAGCCUUAGUGGCAUGCUGGCCGACCUACUCAUCUCCAGGGAAAUCCUCUCCAUUGCCUGGACCAGGAAACUCAUGACCACCAUUGGUAUGCUGGGUCCGGCGGUCUUUCUGGUGGGUGCCGGGUUCAUGGAGUGUGACCAGCAGGUGGAAGCAGUGGUGAUGCUGACCAUUUCCGUGGGGCUGUGUGGUUUCCACUUCUCUGGCUACUUCAUCAACCACGGAGACAUCGCCCCACAGUUUGCCGGAACUCUGUUUGGUGUGUCCAACAUGAUGGCUACAAUACCUGGCAUAUUUUCACCUUACGUGGUCUCGGCCAUGACUAAGCAGGGAACAAGACAGCAGUGGCAGUCCACACUUCUACAUUGCUGCAGCUGUCUACUGUGCUGGAGCUCUGUGGUACAUUUUGUUGGGUAA